GGCGGCGGCGUGGGUGCGCGUUGCCGGGCAGUCAGCUGGCCGGGGGGCGAUAAGAGGGCGGGCGGGCGGCGGCGGUGCUCGCUCGCGUCCUGCCGCGCUCCGGGAAGGGGAGGGGGGGGGGAAGAAGGCGCCCGCUCCGCCAUGGCCGAGACGAUCGCGGACACCCGGCGGCUGAUCAGCAAGCCGCAGAAUCUGAACGACGCCUACGGGCCGCCCAGCAACUUCCUGGAGAUCGACGUGGGCAACCCGCAGACGGUGGGGGUGGGCCGCGGCCGCUUCACCACCUACGAGAUCCGCGUCAAGACAAACCUACCUAUCUUCAAAUUGAAAGAAUCUACCGUGAGAAGAAGAUAUAGUGACUUUGAAUGGCUAAGGAAUGAACUAGAAAGAGAAAGCAAGGUUGUGGUACCACCUCUACCAGGAAAAGCUCUUCUCCGUCAGCUCCCCUUCCGAGGAGAUGAUGGCAUAUUUGAUGAUUCCUUUAUAGAGGAAAGGAAGCAGGCUCUCGAACAGUUCAUAAACAAGGUUGCAGGCCACCCACUGGCACAGAACGAGCGCUGUCUUCACAUGUUCUUACAAGAUGAAGUAAUAGACAAAAACUACACACCGUCCAAAAUAAGACAUACUUGAGUUCUGAAUCCAUCUUCUCAAACAUUAGUGGUUCUUAUGCUUGGUUUUAAGAGGUUGUAGUUUGUCUUAGCAUGCUGAGGAUAAACAGGCACAAAGUCUCCACUAACACCAGUACACUGCUUGGUCUUUGCAUAUGCUUUAUAGCAUUAAAGAACUCACUUGUCUUCUAGCUAAAUCCCUCUGAAUCCUUGAUUUAAGAGUAUUAUACUAUGAGACCAUCCACCCCUUGCAAUGUCUCACAGACCUUUCCACUCUUAUUUGCAAUGACUUAACAAUGUUUACUGACUUGGCCUUACUUGAACUUGCACAGUUGUAGUGUCACGUGUUCACUUGUAUUUGACUAAACUGCUAUGCUGUUUCUGAGGUAGUCAUCUGUCUGAACUUCUGUAGAAAGACUGCUUUAUUUCUGAUACCCUGUGUGAGAAACACUUAUGCAAUUGUCUUCAAGCUUGUAAAACACUUUAUACUGAAGUAAUGAGGGAAUUAUCUUUAUAUUCUGUAAGAGGAAAAAAAAGUCAAAUUUAUAUACUAAAGUAACUUGUCUAAAGUUUUGAAAUAAAAGUGAAAAUCACUUCAACUGUUUUGUCACUCUUGACCUCGAGUGUGGGAUCUCAUACUUUCUGUGAAACAGGGACUUGACUGUACUAAGUGAACUGGUGUUUCAGCCUUGCUGUGAUGCUAUUCUGCAGUGUAGUCCUGUGUUACGAGCAGCUAGCACUAAAUACCCUUAGGUGCUGGCACUCGUUGCUCAAGUGUUAAAGAAAGUAUAAAGGUACUGAAAGCUGUUCCUGUGUUGUGCAGCCAAAGCUGGAACCCCAUUCAUGUUAGGCAGUCAGCAGAUCUGUGGCUUCAGUAAGUUUGGGAAAAAGAGUACCUUUCUGCUUGGCAUGAGAAGCAUCAAUCUAGCUUCAACUAGCAAGUGAAAAUUAUACCAGCCUAUGGAGAAAGGAAUGUUGGCAUAACCUAUAAUAUAUUAUAACUUUGGUCCUAGAUGAAAGUAGCCCUGCUCUAUGAAUACAAUUAGGGACGUGAAGCUCUACAAGCUGGCUGUAAAAUGUGAUCAUAGAUCACUUCCCUGAACGUUAAAGGAAGGAGAAGCUAUAGUAUUGUGCCUCUGUGACCACCGGUGAAAUGCAGAUUGAUACCUGGGCUGCAGUUCAUGAGCAACACUGCUGAAGUAGUCUUUCUUGCUAGAUGCUUCUGUGGCUGGAGAAGCUUCUGUAGUGCUUCCAGAUGUGACUUGGGAGUUACUCAUCCAGAUGUUCUUGAAAAUAAAUUCAAGAAUGCUCUAGCAGCAAUCUGCUCCAGUGUUUUGUGCUAUUUGGUAACAGUACGGGUUGACUUAGACUUGGCGUCGCUGCUUUUUCCUUAUAAUAUUUAUUACCACAUCCUACAAACUUACUGGCAAAGUUACUAGUUUCCUUUAAGACCAUUAGCCUAAUUUAUGGAAAUCUAGAUGUAAAAGAUUGAAUUGAUAGAGCAGUGGUGGCAGCUGGGAUUAUAUGUAGUACUAGUGACUAGCUACACUGAAUAAUUAAAUGCUCAAAUAAUUGCUUUUUCUCCCUCCUACUUAACGAAGACUGCUAAAUCUCUCCAGCAAUCCUAUUCAUGAAACCAGACCAAAAAUGACAGAGCCCACUUGCAGCCUAGAGCUGUCUAGCUUUUCAACACAGUCCUAGUGUUUCAUGAAGCUUUUGACAAUGUAAAAUCGAUUCUAAAUUUCCCUGUGCUUGUUCUAUAACACUUAAAAGUUGAGUUAUUCCUGGAAAUGGGGGAAGAAGGGCUAAAUGUAUAUGAGGUUUUAUUAUUUAGGUUUAGAUAUCUGGUAAGGUGUUCUUUUUCUUUUCUCAAACGUUCUUUUCAGAGAGAAGCUUCUUUCAGAAAUCAACGUAAAUACCCCAUCUUAUCCCUUAAAGGAGGAUGACACAGUCUAUAUCAUCGGCUGUGGAAAAAAGAGAAUUAAGCUAAAGAGGGAAAAGCUGCAGGCUUGAUGUCAAAGUAUUCCUGUUUCUAAAGUGAGGACUUCAGAGCAUUGACGUGGGAUGUUGACAGAGCAUUUCAGAUUUCACCUUCUCUUCAGGGCUAACUAGAGACCUUAAUUCUCGUGUAGUGUAACUGGUUCUGCUUCUGUGCAGUCUGCAGUACUGGGAGGAAGACGUGGUCCGACGUUAGCUGUGCCUAAACCCCAGGGAUCUGGGCACUGUUCCCGGCUGGGGAGUCUGCUCUGCAGGUGAGAGGAUGAGAUGUGGGUGUGCACCCCUUCCCCUGCCUGCUUUGCAACUGGGAGAAAGGGACUCUGUUGCAUCCUCUAGCCUGGGUGAGCUAGGGACUGGGACCGUAGCACACUGUCGAGUGCGGUUGCCUUGCAGCAUGGAUGCAGUUCACGUUUGCUGCUCUGGCACAGCAGCAUAAAUUUUACUGAAAUGGGUGCUCGUGGGUUCUGCACAGCACUGGGUUUCAACUUCUUUAGCUGGUAAACUGAAUUGUCACAGAGUGGAGAACCACAAUUGAUUUUUCCGCCCUGUCAAGUUCUUUUAGUGUAGAGAGCAGAAAAUGGGUGAAGGUUAUUACAGGUGCAGGAAGAACACUUCGUAAAAUUUCAAAGCAUUUGCAAUGCCCUGUGGUGAAUUCAUUCUCGGGUGCUCCAUGCUAGUUUGUAUAGAAGCUGUUUCGAAGUCCGUGCGUUGUCUCACCUGACUUAUCAAAAGACUGGUCUUGUAUACUUAAUGGUCUGGUUGUUUUGGAAAGGAUAGAAUGUGAGGCCUAGCAGACGGUGCAAAUGGAAGAGAGUUGGGAUGAAAACUCUGAUGUCUGAAACACGUGAGAUUUUUGUGCUUGGAGUCAAUGGAGCAAGGAUUUCACUUGUGAUCUGUAUUCCUGGGCACUGAAAAGCAAUGAGCCAUUGAUAUACACUGUACGUUUCCACCUGUCAUUUUAGCGUGCGUAGCUCUUCCGUCAUCCAUUGCCAUAUGAACAAUAUGUUUUGUUUCCCUUCUCCUAUUCCCAAGUUGUUCUGUGCAUUGGGGGUUGCUUACCUCUUUCUUUGGUGUGAUUACACAGCUGGACACCUUAAUAAAACCUCAGAAUCUUUUUAAUUGA